UAUUAGCCAGUGUUUGUCCGGAAGUAAGGAACGCGAGCUGCAAUUAAAAUGAAAGGUUGAGAAAUUUCGACUUUAUGUAAAUGACCUGCUGUCUGAUUAUAGCUUACAGUAACCGUGUGCGAAAUGUGCAACGUAUGGUUAAGACAAAAUGCACUAGGGCUUUGUGGGGAUAUCUCCUUGAAGCUGACUCUUCCUCUCGAGUUGCGUCCGCUCCUGUUUGUUAACCUUUAUUUUGGCGCCGCCGGAUGUUUUUUUCCAGGGUUAUUCAAUUGUACUUGACUAAUGCAUGACGGCUUCAUCUCAGCUUCAGCUGAAGAGCAAGCCGACAUCAGCUGAGUUUGCACGAAGUACCAUCCUUGUAGCUAAAAAACUGGAAUUUAUCGUCAAGCAAAAUUCAGCAAUAGCAUUUUACAAGUUACGUUUACCUGUUAAGCUAAUUGAAUAACUGCCAUCUGUCGAAACCACCGAGACAAGCUAGCGGCAAGGGAGGAAUAACAUUAACAUCAAACCCGGCAAACAAAGAGGUCCUUUUUUCAACGACAUCAUUUUUCCUCCAUAUUCAAUAGUUAUGAGUCAUGUGGCCGUCGAAAAUGUCCACGGUCUAGAGCAGCAGCUCGCUGUACUAGACUUGAGUGCAGCAGACGGACAAGGUGGAGGCACAAACAGGCGAUACAUUCCUCCACAUUUACGGAACAAAGACGCUUCCAAAACUGGAAAUGCCUUCGCUGCUGGUCGACAGGGUGGCUACACCAUUGCACCUGCAGCCAACUAUGGUUGGGAUGGCGGGCGCAACAACUUUGUCAAUGGCUACCAUGACAACCGCAUGACUGGUGGCAACACGUUUAACCGUGGACCACCUCGCAUGGAGCGGGGCCGGGGUGGCGUCGGAGGAGGUUACCGUGGCAACAGAGGUGGGGCUUUUAACCCCAUGAACCAAGCACAGCCAAUGCCGUUUGCUGCCUAUGAUAAUAAAGACGCUGGCGGCUGGAACACUGCCAAGGACGCCUACAGCAAUUUUGGUAACAACCGAGGGAAGUCUGCGUUCUUCAAUGACAGGGGCAAUGCUAACAGAGGGAGGUUUGACCAUGGUGGAUUUGGUGGUGGAGGAGGUGGAGGAAGCAGCCGCUGGGUGGAGGAGUCCAGAGAUGAGGGAGACUGGUCUAAACCAACACCACGUAAUGAACGCCUUGAACAUGAGUUGUUCUCUGCCAGUAAUACUGGGAUUAACUUUGAGAAAUAUGACGACAUUCCCGUUGAGGCCACAGGACAGAACUGCCCUCACCACAUCGAGAAUUUCCAAGAUGUGGACAUGGGUGAGAUCAUCAUGGGUAACAUUGGUCUGAGUCGCUACACCAGACCGACCCCUGUCCAGAAAUAUGCCAUCCCUAUUGUCAAGUCAAAGCGAGACCUCAUGGCCUGCGCACAAACAGGUUCUGGGAAGACUGCAGCCUUCCUGCUGCCGAUCCUUAGCCAGAUCUAUUGUGAAGGACCAGGAGAAGCUCUGAAUGCAGCUAAAGCAUCUGGGCAGGAAAAUGGAAAGUAUGGGCGUCGUAAGCAGUACCCCAUCUCACUGGUGUUGGCUCCAACCAGAGAACUGGCAUUACAGAUAUAUGAUGAGGCCAGGAAGUUUUCCUACCGUUCCAGAGUGCGUCCCUGUGUUGUGUAUGGAGGAGCAGACAUUGGCCAGCAGAUUAGAGAUCUGGAAAGAGGCUGCCACCUGCUGGUGGCCACACCAGGGAGAUUGGUGGACAUGAUAGAGAGGGGCAAGAUUGGACUGGACUACUGCAACUACCUGGUCCUGGAUGAGGCAGAUCGUAUGUUGGACAUGGGAUUUGAACCACAGAUUCGACGCAUUGUGGAACAGGACACUAUGCCCCACAAAGGCAUCCGGCAAACCAUGAUGUUCAGUGCAACCUUUCCUAAAGAGAUCCAGAUCCUUGCCAGGGAUUUCCUGGAGGAGUACAUCUUCCUGGCGGUCGGAAGAGUUGGUUCCACCUCAGAGAACAUCACUCAGAAAGUAGUGUGGGUGGAGGAGAGCGAUAAAAGAUCUUUCCUCCUGGACCUGCUCAGUGCUACAGUCAUCCCCAGUGAGGUUCAGGACAAUACUGGAGACAACAUAGAGAAACCUGGUAAGGACUCACUGACCCUGGUUUUUGUGGAGACAAAGAAAGGUGCUGAUGCCUUGGAGGACUUCCUGUAUCGGGAAGGCUAUGCCUGUACCAGUAUCCAUGGCGACCGCUCCCAGAGAGACCGAGAGGAGGCCCUCAGCCAGUUCAGAUCAGGAAAAUGCCCCAUUCUGGUGGCCACAGCGGUAGCAGCUCGUGGACUGGACAUCUCCAAUGUGAAACAUGUUAUUAAUUUUGACCUGCCCAGUGACAUCGAAGAGUAUGUCCACCGUAUUGGACGUACAGGACGAGUCGGAAACCUAGGACUUGCAACAUCGUUCUUCAAUGACAAAAAUGGUAACAUCACUAAAGACCUGCUGGACAUCCUGGUGGAGGCCAAACAGGAAGUUCCAUCAUGGCUUGAGAGCCUGGCCUAUGAACACCAGCAUAAGAGCAGCAACAGAGGACGCUCUAAGAGGUUCUCCGGUGGUUUUGGAGCACGUGAUUAUCGCCAGACGGCUGCAGGAGGCAAUGCUGGAGGGUUUGGCGGACGUGGCGGUCGCAACCAGGCAGGACACGGAGGAAACCGAGGCUUUGGAGGAGGUGGCUUUGGCAACUUCUACACCAGUGACGGCUAUGGAGGCAACUAUUCGCAUUCUCAAGUUGACUGGUGGGGCAACUAGGUUCCUCCAUCCUACCUUUACUCAUCCCUCUUUCUUCUUUUCACUCAUCCUCCUUCCUUUCUUCACAUUUGUCUGGACCCCAUCUGUCUCCUCCCCUCAAUUAAGCCCUAGAGUCCACAUGCAUGUUAUUAAACUAUUUAUACUCAUUUAUAUAGCCCUCGUUCAGUCCCUCUGCACCCAGAACUUUGAAUUCCUCCUUUCCAUCUUUACGUCUGUCUUGACAGUCCCCCAUUCAUUUUCCUUUUGAGUUUUUAAGUCCUGGUUUAUCUCACCUCUUAGGCCACGUUAUAAAGGGAUUCUCCAAUUUGAGAUGUUUUUUUUUAACACUUGCCACAGAUUUGUUACAGUUCCUCUGUGGCACAAGCUUGAAGAAAAAUAACCAAUGUAAUUCUUUAAAAAGAUUCUUUAAUCCCCUAAGAAUAGUGGACACUUGAGAUUUACUGUGAGUAGAGUCCUACAAAGCGGCUGCAGAGGACCAGGGGGAAAUGCAGUUUUUUCACUUUAGAUUUGAGUUUUGGCUUCAUUGUGUUUUUGUCUGCAUUCACCCAAAGCCAGCCAGGCGUCCUGUGUACCUACACAUGUCAUCUUUGUAUGUAACGCAUGGCCAUGUUGUAAAUCACCGGCCAAAAACUUUUCUAAAAUAUAGCGCAGAGAUGGGCAAGAUGUCAAAUCUGAACAAAAUGUGUCUGCAUAUAAAAUGGGGACUGGCUGAAGCUUCUUCACCUGAUGACAUGAAAGGUACUUAAAGCGGCCACAGAAACGGAAUUGUUUUUGUUUUGUUUUUUUCACCUUUCUAAAGCAUAUUGAAGUAUUGAUUUACUCAGAUCUGAGAAAGAUGUCUAACAGACUGAAGGGACAAGGGGCUGGACCGACUCCAGUCAGUGGGACACCAGCAGAUGUUGUCGCCCGGCGAUGAUGCUAGCAAACAGAGUGGUUGUUAUUAUCACAACUACAAGCAGCAUUUUCUUUGUUUGAAAAAAGUGGAGGACCAUUUGUUUCUGUACCGUGCCUUUAAGAAUUUGAACUUUGUCCCUUAUUUCCGUUGUUUUUAUUGCCAUAAUGCGUAACUGGCUACAAGUACUGGCCAACUGUGACUAAAAAGAAUGAGUAUUUAAUGUCAUGUAUGGGUUUAAACAUGUUUUUCUUUAUUUCUAUUUGGAAGGAAACAAACUAGGCUUGAACUAAAUCAAACCUUGGCAGAAAAAACUAAACAAAAACUGUGAUGAGGAAACUCAAAGCAAUUCCUUAUCUGUCUAUUGGAGUACAAAUUGGUCAGGUCCCCGAUGAGCUGAUUCCAAAAAGCAUAUUACCACUGCAACCAUAUUUCUCUAUCUUUUUGAUAUACUCUCAUUCAGAGUGACCAAAAUAGAAAUUACAUUUGUCUUGUUAAAGAAUAGUCCUUGCUGUUGAGUAGGGAUGAGGACUGUGGUUUUAUGCUUUGGGGAAAGCGAGUCCUACUAAUUGACCUUUAUGUCACAUCUACAGCUCCGGUUUGAGCUUGAGUUUGGGUUUCUCAAUGCCAUUUUGUCACUAAUUGUUGGAUCACUUUAUGUCAGAUACAGAGUCACAGAAUUUGGUGUAGAUGUGCAGCAGCAGUCAUGUUUUGUGACUUCUCCCGGCCUUCUCUUUCAGAUAUGUGGCUGUAAAUGUAGCUAUGUUCCUCAAAACUCACUGUAUUGUGAACUUAAAAUCUGAUGAGACUUUCGAGCCAUUUUAGAUUUACAGAGUAUCUCCCAGUGAGCACUGUGAAUCACUAAAAUGGUCUCGAAGACAAUAUUAGGUUGUCCAUCUGUCUGUCUAUACAGAUUACUUGUGACCACACUCAAUAGUGAAAGCAGUGUAAAAUAAAAACCACUGCUGUUCAUGGCGGCUGCUGCUGCUGCAGACAUCAGUCUCCAACUUGUGGCUGUUCAACCAA